AUGUCAUCAGAACUUGAACCGCAUAUAUUGAAACGUUAUGAAAUUGAGAAGAGAAUAGGAAAAGGUGCAUAUGGAAUCGUAUGGAAAGCGAUCAAUCGAAAGACAAAAGAAGUUGUUGCUCUGAAAAAAAAUUUCGAUGCAUUUCGUAAUCAAACAGAUGCUCAAAGAACAUUUCGUGAAAUUGCAUUUUUACAAGCGUUUGGUAAUCAUCCAAAUAUUAUUGGUUUAUACAAUGUAAUACGAGCUGAAUGUGACAAGGAUAUCUACUUAGUAUUUGAAUACAUGGAGACAGAUUUACAUAAUGUAAUUCGUAAAGGGAAUAUUUUGAAAGAUAUACAUAAACAGUAUAUUAUGUAUCAAUUAUUUAAAGCAACUGCAUAUUUACAUUCUGGGGAAGUGAUUCAUCGAGAUUUAAAGCCAUCAAAUGUUCUACUGGAUUCUGAUUGUUUAGUAAAAUUAUGUGAUUUUGGUUUAGCACGUUCAUUAAAAGGUCCAACACGUUGGUAUCGUGCACCUGAAAUUUUAUUAGCAUGUCAUGAUUAUACAAAAGGUGUUGAUAUAUGGAGUUUAGGUUGUAUAUUAGGUGAAAUGUUAAUUGGUACACCAUUAUUUCCUGGUACAUCAACAUUAGAUCAAAUUGGACGUAUUAUGGCUGGAUUACCAAAAUUAAGUAGAGAAGACAUGGAAAGUAUUAGAAGUCCAUAUAGCAUUUCAAUUUUGGAAAAAACCCAUAUCAAACGUCGUCCAUUAGAUCAAAUAUUAAAAAAUGCUAAUAAAACUGUAAUGGAUUUACUUAAUCAAAUGAUUAAUUUUAAUCCACAUAAACGAAUUGAUGCUUUAACUGCACUUAAACAUCCAUAUGUUCGAAAAUUUUUUAAUCCAGAAGAAAUCAUGAGUAAAACACAUAAUGUGGUUCCACCAUUAGAUGAUAAUAUUCAAUUAACUGUAACUGAAUAUCGUAAUCGUUUAUAUCAGAUAAUUAACUCAAAGAAACUACGCAGACAUAAUCGAACUAAGGCGAUGGAUCAAUUACAAAAUGCAAUUCCGAAUACAACACAAACAGAGAAGAGUGAUUGUGAACUGACUGUUAGAAAUCAAAUAGCUGUGGAUAAAAUCACAUGUUCUGAACUGAGAAAUAAUCAUUUAGAAGAUGGAAGACAGUUAGAACGUAAUCAAACACCUUCAACUAUGAAUGUUAACCAUAAAUCAUUCAUUCAACCGGUAAAUCGUACCACUCCUGAUCAAGAAUGUCAUAAAAAUUCUCAUUUAAAUGUUUGGAACCCUGAAAAUAUGAGACCUAUAUCUGAUUUGGCUACAUAUACAGUUAAAUCCAGCUCUUCAUUAUCUGUGGUUAGACCUUGUUCUCAUACAGAAUCUAUGACAAAUGUGAACAAUGAAGAAUUGUCAUGCGUUGGUGGGCAAAAUUAUAAUGAUUCCUCAUGUGAACAUGAAAAUAUCAACAGUACACAUACAGUAAUGGUAAAACCAUCUGACAUGGCCAAGUCGUCAUUCGAUCAAAAAUCUUCUAGUAAUCAUCUCAACACUUCAAUUCUUAAUAAGGAAUCAAGAAUAUGCAUUUCUACAAGUGAUUGUUAUCAUGUCAAUGAAGCUGAUAAUAAAACAUUCAGUCAUAGUAAUGGAAAUAUAUACGAACGAUGUAAUACACCAAGUAAUUUACGUAGUAAACAAAAACUAAAUGGAUCUAUUCAAAAUAAUUUAAAUUCUGGAAUUAGUCAACCAUAUAAUGAUCAAUUGGAUCCACAAACAAUGAAUAAUGAUACAAAUAGUACUAAUUGUACACAUGACACAUGCAAGUUGAAUGGAUCCAGUUCAAUUAGUAGAAUCAAUAAUAAUAAUUCAUUCAGAAAAUCAUUUUCUUCCUUUAAUUUACCAUCCUCAUCAUCAUCAUCAUCAUUGUCAACAUCCAUAAUUAAAAAUAAAUUCGAUCAAUUGAAUACUAAUCUGAUACAACCUAAUGAAUCAUUGAGUCACUCCUAUAGCAGUUAUCAAUAUCAACAACAGUCAGUAAGCAAUUCAACAGUGAACUGUAAUUCAAGUGAACAAUUAAACAUCAACUGUACCAUGAAUAACUCAUUGGUUGAAAUGAAAAAACCGGAAAGUUUCUUAGAUAAAUCUGAUCAACAAUUUGAGAAUCCAUUUGGAAAAACAUUGAUCUCAAUCAAUAAUAGACUGAAUCAUUUACUCAAAACUAAUUAUCCAUCUUCAUCAACAGUGAUAACAUCAUCAUUAACAUCGUCAUCAUCAUUAUCAUCAUCAUCAGACUGGCCAAAAUGUCAAAGUCCUACACCGAUUAAAUCAAAAUCAUCAUCAUCAACAACAACAACAACAAUGUCAUCAUCACAUAAAUGGUUGAAUGCAAAUGAUAACAUUGAACAGAAUAAAUCGAAGUUUGUUACCAUGAAUAAAAGUCAUAAAUAUAAUUUUAGUAAAUCAACAAAUAAUUUAUUAAAUCAUUCAAAUACCUUGAAUAAUAGUAGUUCAUUAAGCAGUGGACAAUUAACACCAUGUCAAAUUCAAACAACAACUAAUUUAAAUGAAGAACGAAAUUAUAAAAGUAUAUCUGAGAAUAAGAUUAAUGAGUUGGAUAUGCAAAAUCGACGAUUUGCCUCAGCUCCUUUAUUACCUGCACCUUUAUUAACUGGAAAUAUCAUACGAAAUCGACCAGUCAUUAACAUCACAAGUACUACGACUACUACAACUACUACCAAAUCUACUGGUGAUAUAUUCAGUUCAACUAAACUUAAUUCUAAAUCAUAUUUAAUUAGUUCAAAUACUGGUUCAUCAUCAGUUGUUCGAUUACAUUCAUCUAGUGAAUUAAAUAAUUUAUUUCAAGACUAUAGGCUACGUAGAACAUCUAAGAGUACUUCGAUAGAUGAAUCAAUAUCCCCUGGUUGUGUUUCAUCUAAUGAUAUCCAUACUAAUAAUCAACGGCAUACGAAUAUCAAUAAUCAUCAUACUACUAGUUUGGCACAGUUUUAUCAUCCAAGUCAUUUACGAAAUGACAGUAUGCAACCGAAUCUCAAUGGAAUUCAUGAUCAGCACAGUGAUUUGAGGAAAUCAUCUGUAAAAUAUAUGUCGACAGCCUCUAACAUAUUAGACACUGCCACAGAGGCUUCAAAGAAUUCAAAGAUACAGUUAAGCACAAGUGAUAGUCAAGUAAAUCACGUCAUUCGAACCAAAUUUCUAUCCAAUGGAAUAUCUAACAAUACCAGUAGUCAUCAAAAAUCAUAUCGUACACUUUUACCAUCCACUAAUUUAGGACUUCAAUUUAAUACCAUAUCGGAUAGAACAAAAUGUUCCCAUUUAAAACAAUCCCAUAUAAAUAUCAACUCAACGUUAAAUGAUACAAAUCAAUUGAAUAAUGAAACAUUAUCAACAAACACAAAAUAUACACCAUUGAUAAAUCAUAAUAGACAACGUUUAAUACCACAACAUAUAUUGUCACGUUUAAAAUCAUUGAAAGAAAUGAACAAUAGUGAAAAUCAUUACAUGUAAGGUGGUAACAUUAAACAUCCACCAUAAACUGAUACCUUUGUGUGAUGAUAACUGUUCAAUAUUGAAUGUG